AUGUCAUUCGAUGACUUCAUGAAGCAUUACGAUAAAAUGGAAAUUUGCAAUUUGGGCCCUGAUGUUAUGGAAGAGGUGCGUCAAAUGACCGGUGUUGCGAUGGAGGAUGCUAAACAUUGGAAUGCACGUAGUCAUUUGGGUAUAUGGAGUGGUGAGACGGCUGGUGGCUGCAGGAAUUUCCUCAAUUCAUUCGCGAACAAUCCUCAGUUCGGUAUGGAACUCUCCGAACCAGACCCAGAUGAUGCCGAUGGUCUUUGUACAGUGAUCGUGGCCGUUCUGCAAAAGAACCGACGUGAGUUGAAACCGAAAGGACUUGACAAUCUGGCGAUUGGAUUCGCUGUUUACGAGGUGCUCAUUCAAUCAUGA